AUGGAUAUAGGAAUCAUGAACUGCGAGGGGGGCGAGCAGGAAUGGCUGCGGCCAGCUGUACCAGCUUCUAGACCGACCGCACCAACCGAGAGCAAGAGGACACGCAUCCUCAAGCAUCGGACGUUUGCACCAAAUAGCUUCGGGCGAAGUAAAGGGGAAGGGGGGAAGGACGACAUUGAAAUCGCCAAAGACGACGAAAAAUUCCGCAACGGUCUCAAGAGAAAUAUCAUCCACCUCUCCAACCUUACAAGGGUCAAUCAGGAACAGCUGGCUCGACUCCGUGAGCAGGUGCAGACAAAAAAAUCGAGAACGAACGUGGACUACAUCAGUCCAACGUUUUCCGCACGCUACUGCCGGCUGUACAUCAAAUUUUUCGUUGGGAGUGGCGCCGAAAUGAUGCCGCCAGGAAUUUAG